UCCUAGUCAGAAAAUCCCGAUUUUUUGAGAAGCUAACACUUUGGUGGGUGCCAUUAGUUGGCUUUUUAACAUUGUUCCCAUCUCCUAUUUCUUCUUUCAUGACCUCACUAAAUAGUGAAGCAAAUGCUCUGCUCAAGUGGAAAGCCAGCCUUGACCACCAAAGCCAAACUGUGUUAUCAUCAUGGAAGGAUAAUGGCAGUCAUCCUUGCAAAUGGGUUGGAAUCACAUGCAAUGAGCUCAACUCCAUUUCCAAUAUAUCUCUUCUAGAUUUUGGACUAAGAGGUACGCUUGAUAGUCUCAAUUUCUCAUCUUUCCCUCAUCUUCAAAUCAUACAGAUGCAACGGAACUCAUUUUAUGGGAAUAUUCCUCCCCAGAUUGGUGAACUAUCCAAACUCAGUCUACUAGAUUUUUCUCAUAAUGAGUUCUCCGGUAGCAUUCCAACAAGUAUUGCCAACCUCUCCUCCCUCAUCUUUCUUUAUCUUCCUGAUAACAAUUUUGUUGGAGCAUUUCCAGUUGAGAUCCUAGAGUUGACUAGGCUUAGUGAUCUGGUCUUAUGUUAUAAUUAUUUCAGUGGCCAUAUUCCUGAAGCUAUAACAAAUUUGACCAACCUAUCAAACUUUAACCUAGAAAUCAACAAUUUUUCUGGUCAUAUUCCUCCACAAAUUGGUAGGUUGGUUAACAUUUAUUACUUAUCACUUCAUGGCAAUCAGCUUACUGGUUCUAUCCCUGAUGGGAUUGGAAUGCUCAAGGGACUUGAGCAACUUGACAUGUCAGAAAACAAUCUCUCUGGAUAUAUUCCUUCAAGCAUUGGAAACUUGACAAAGCUCUUCACGCUAGAUUUAGGACCAAACAACCUCUCUGGAUCUAUUCCUUCUAGCAUUGGCAACAUGAUUGAGCUCUCCAUACUAAAUCUACUUCAAAACAAACUUAGUGGCAAUCUUCCACUAGAAAUGAAUAACCUUAGGAAGUUGCAAAGCUUACAACUUGCAAACAAUAAUUUCAAAGGUCAUUUGCCUCAAGACAUUUGCCUUGGAGGAUUACUUAAGAAUAUCUCUAUAACUAACAAUCAAUUCACUGGUCCAAUUCCAAGAAGUUUGAAGAAUUGCUCUAGCCUUAUCAGAGUCAGGCUAGACAGUAAUCAACUUACAGGGAAUGUCACAGAAGCUUUCGGUAUAUAUCCAUACUUAAACUAUAUUAAUUUAAGUAGCAAUGCACUUUAUGGCCACUUGUCACCUAUGUGGGGGCAGUGCCAUAACCUUACAAACCUUGAGAUCUCUUAUAAUAACUUGUCAGGGGGCAUACCACCAGAGCUAGGUCAGGCAAAAAAGUUACAGCGACUUAAUUUUUCAUCGAAUCACUUGACAGGAAAUAUUCCAAAGGAAUUGAGCCACUUGUCAUUAUUGAGUGAACUUAGUCUAAGCAACAAUCAACUUUCAAGAAACAUUCCUAUUGAGAUAGGAUUGUUGACGAAACUUGAAAAAUUAAGUCUAGCUAACAAUCACUUAAGUGGCUCAAUUCCAGAACAACUGGGAGGGUUGACCAAAUUAUGGGAAUUGAACUUAAGUGGAAAUAAGUUCUUCAGCAUUCCCAUUAGUUUUGGCCAAUUGCAACAUCUUCAGUUUCUUGAUCUUAGUGAAAAUUCAUUUACCGGCAGAAUCCCAGCAAUGCUUGGAGAGUUACAACUGGAAAUGUUGAACCUCUCAUAUAACAAUUUCUCUGGAAUGAUUCCUUCAACUUUUAAUGAUUUGAAAAGCUUGACUAUGGUUGACAUAUCACACAAUAAAUUAGAAGGUCCACUUCCAAAUAUUUCAGCCUUUCGUACAGCUACAAUGGAGAGAUUAAUAGGCAACAAAGGCUUAUGUGGUAAUCUAUCUGGCCUACCAAUUUGCCCAACAACAAAUUUUGACUCAAGCCAUUCCAAGAGCAGGAAAGUGGUUAUCUAUGUUGUAUCCUUUAGUUUGGGAGCUGUGAUGCUAGCAACAUUUUUCAUCGGGAUUUCAUAUAUUAUUUUCCAUCACAAAGCAAGGAAAACAGAAAGUCAAGAAAGAGAAGUGCAAACUCAAAAUUUAUUUGCCAUAUGGAGUUAUGAUGGGAAAUUAGUAUAUGAAAAUAUUAUUGAAGCCACAGAGGAGUUCAACGAAAAAUAUCUCAUUGGAGAGGGAGGAUCUGGAAGUGUUUACAAAGCAGAAUUAUCCACAGGUCAAGUUGUGGCUGUGAAGAAGCUUCAUUCAAUACCAGACAGGGAUAUGUGCCUCCAGAAAGCUUUUAUUAGUGAGAUUAGGGCCUUAACAGAAACUCGGCAUCAUAAUAUUGUCAAGCUAUAUGGGUUUUGCUGGCAUUCAAAGGUCUCAUUUUUGGUUUAUGAAUUCUUAGAAGGAGGCAGCUUGGACAAGAUACUAAGUGAAGAGACACAAGCAAUUGCAUUGGAUUGGACUAAAAGAAUCAAAGUUGUUGAAGGUGUGGCUAAUGCUUCAUACUAUCUUCAUCAUGGAUGCUCACCUUCGAUAGUUCAUCGUGACCUAUCAAGCAAAAAUGUUAUUUUAGACUCGAAUUAUGAGGCUCACAUCUCUGACUUUGGGACAGCCAAGCUUUUGUAUCCAGAUUCUACCAAUUGGACUUCAUUUGCUGGCACCUUUGGCUAUGCUGCUCCAGAACUUGCUUACACAAUGGAAGUUACUGAGAAAUGUGACGUUUAUAGUUUUGGAGUGUUAGCUCUGGAAAUAAUUAUGGGAAAGCAUCCAAGAGAUCUCAUAAUGUCAUGUUUCUCGUCAACAUCUUCUGGUGUCGUGCCAACAAUUGUUGCUCAUGAUUUGGAUUUGAAGGGAGUGUUAGACCAAAGGCUACCUUAUCCUCGAGGCUCAGUGGUUGAGAAGGUGAUGUUGAUUGCAAGAAUAGCUUUUACUUGCUUGAAUGAAAAUCCACGUAGUCGCCCAACCAUGGACCAAGUAUGUAAGGAGUUUGCCAUGCCAAAAUCACAUGUUUCUGGUUCCAUUCCAUAGCUUCGUAUAAGUUAUAUUAGAGAUGUCAACUAAAAAUAAGAUCAUCACGAUAUGAUGAUGUGUGGUGUAUUAUAGUCUUCGUACUGAAUGUGUUCCCCUAGUCUACUUGCGUUUUACCUUUUGAAUAAGGACCAACCCAAAACAAUAAUUAAAUAUUGCAUAGUUAAGUUAAUUAGUGACGUGUUUAUCAAUUUAUAGUUUUCAUUACAUAUUUUUCUAAGCCCUGAUUUAAUAAGACCAAUGUUGCGCAUCAUCA